AUGCAGCUCUCCAGCAUCCUCACUUUCACCGUCGCCCUCCUGGCCGGCCACGCCCUCGCCAACCCCGAGCUCCAGAAGCGCACCACCUGCCAGGCAUGCAGCGUUGGUGGCAUUGAGGGUGGCGCUGCCUGCUGCUCUGCCCACGUAUGUUUUCACCGUAACGAGCACGUUGAUUGA